UUUAACGAGAGCUACAACACGAUUAACUAAUUGUCGACGUUCAUCGCUUGAAUAUACAUCGCAAUAACUGUGCUCGGGAUACAUCAAAUUAAAGAAAGAUAAUGAAGAAAAACCUUGGAGACUAUCAGUCAAUUUGGAGUCGACACUGACAAGUUUGAAAGCGGGAAUUUUAUAUUCACGCGCGGAAUUUCCAGAGAGUUCUCUCAGAGAUCCGGGGAUUCACUGUUUCUGUCUUUUAUCUUUAUUUGAUAACUGCGAAAGAGACACACCUAGUAUAUAACGAGCGAUACAGCACAACUGAUUGUUAGUCGACGUUCAGCACUUUAAUAUAAUACAUCACAAAAACUGUGCUUGAGAUACAUCAGAUUAAAGAUUUGUAUUUUCUACAAGAUUUACACAAACAUGGCUGCAAAGAAAGAAGAAACCAAUAUGGACCAACUUUUUGAAGAAAUGAAGAGCAUUGCUGUUGAACAGCAACAAUGCUUCUAUGAACUUCUGCCUGAGUGGACAAAAUAUAAAAAAUCUGAUAUUUAUCCAAGAAAGGACGAACAUAAAUACCUGAAACAAAAUAUUGGAUAUGCAUUGUUUGGACCACCAACGAAAAAUGAAGAGGAAAUGAAAAAAGAAGAAAAUAGUACAGUAGCUUGCUAUGGCAAAACAAAAGAUCCAAAUAAUACAGAAGCAGAUAUAACUGAUGCAGUGGGUUAUAAUAAAAAAGCCAAAAAAGCUAUAAAAAAGAUAUAUGAUAAGAUAUGUGAGUGUUUCAAUGUGGAAGAUGAUCCAUUUCAACCAAUUUUAUUUGGUGUCAUUUAUAAUGUAAUAGUUUAUUCUAAUAGCAAUGUAAGUAAAGGAAAAAAUAAAGAAAAGGAAAAAAAAGAAGUAAAAGAGGCAACAAAAAAAGAAACUAAAGCAGAAGUAAAAAAAGAAGUAGAAGAAGAAGAGGUAUCGGUAGUACCUGUUCCUAUUUUUAAGAUUUUUAAAAGUAAGAAAAGCAUCCAAGAGACAGUUGAUAAGGCGAAGAAGCCUAUAUUAACCAAGAUUGAAGAUUAUGAAACACUAUAUAUUGACUCCAAUGCCAGAGUCUAUGAAGGUUGGUCGGACUAUGUAGAAAAUAAUACUCUACAAGAAUGUACUAUGGUGCUUCCAAAAGAUGGUUUUUACCAACCAAACCCAGACUAUCCUAUUGAGGAGGAUUAUUCGACAGUUUGGAUCGAAAUCAUGGAUUCUCCUGCAUGUACAACGAGCAAGAAAGUUUUGACGAAUGUGGAUCGUGUCUCCACUGUAGUUGGAAUUGGCGCACUUGGCUUGAGUAUCGCAGGGCUUUUCACACCUCUUGCGCCUGUUGCAAGUAUUUCUCUCGCUGGUGCUGCUACUGCGAGUGGUGCUUGGUCAAUUUUCCGGAACACCCAAGAAUUAGUGGAUCGCUAUAACCACAAGGAAUCUAUUUAUAUUCUGGACAAAGAAGCAUUCCCAUGUUGGCUCGGUUUAACUGGUUCAGUGGCUGGUUUAGGAGCGGUUGGAGGAACGGUGGUUCUAUCCAGAGUUGCUGCAAACGGCGCGACGAUACCUUCCGCUGCGAAAGUAGUAUUUAAUACCGUGCAAGGCAGUAAUAUCUUCUUGAAUGGUGUCGGUGUUGUAUAUAUGAGUUACAGUAUGUACGAUAAGUACAAGGAAGAGCAGACUUUCAGUUACUUAGAUGCGUUAAAUUUGGCGACGCACAUCAUGUUCUUCGCCAGCUCCGUGGUGAACGUUAAAUUUGCCAAUGACAUUAUCAGGGAUAGCCAGGGUAGAGUUAUCGAUGACUACAAGAAAACUCGACGCAGUAGGAAUCUUCGUAAGAAAUUCAAUCGUGCCGCGCGAAGGGCUGCCGAGAACAAUACGUCUAAGAUAGCCGAAAAUGCGGAAGUGAUACACUUUAUACAAAAUCGUCAAGACUUCUUGUCUUUCGACCAGGCUCGUGGUAGUCAGAUGUUCGAUAAGACUUCAUCGCAUAAUACCGUAUGGUCAUUCGACGGAGGUAAAAUAAUGAUUGGUAAUAUCGAAUUGUUAAAUCCUAUAGAUUUUGCUUUGCUUCUUAUUUCAAGUAUACGUUCAGAAUCCGAUCAGAGUGAUCCGUCCGAUGACUCUCAAGAUGAUUCUAAUAACUUUAAGCUACUGAAACAAUCGCUUCACGAUUUAUUAAAAGACUUCUGUCCCGACGACACGCCGGAAUUAUCUGACUUUGACCGAAUACUUGAGGACCUAAGUUCUAUGAACAUAAGUGAAGAUUGCCUCACAAUGUUGUUUAAUAUAGCUACAACGCUAAUGAAACAUGACAAAGAUCAUUUCUUGAUAUGCUUCACUUUUGUUUGGAAAUACUGUAAAGCAAACUUGAAACAGUGGGGGAUAAAGACACGUCGUCGCAUGCAAAGCGAAUCUGGCUCUUACAUUAUGCAAAAGAUUAUUAAUGUUGUUUCUGAAGCAACAGGUAUGAUAUUCGAUCAAUUAGCUACUGCUGCUUUUAUGUAUGCGGAAGCUAAUUUAAAAAAGACAAUAUAGAAAUAAGGCGCAUAAUAAUUCAUAUAUUCGUAUUUCUAGCAUUAAGAUGAGAUUUUUGCAAAAAAUUUAUAUUUUGAUACGCAUCACUGAUUAAUAAUAUCUUACUU